AUGUCUAACAAAGCGGUUGCCAAUCGCAACCAGAUGAAGAAUGCCUUGCAGGUGAUCACCAACAAAAACUCAAGCGAAAAGCCACCUAGGGAUUUGUCCGUCUACAUCACGGAAGAAGGGGAAAAGCUCUCCACUACUGAAAGAGUAGUUCCUUCCGUGUCUCCGCCGGCGUCUUUCUCCCCACCAGACAGCGAUGUUUUCUUGCCGAACGGGUUGCCCAACUGUGCAUUUCUCAAAGACCAUUUCUUCAACGAGGGACGUUUACAACACCACCAAGCGAUUCAUAUUCUCCAAGAAGCCACACGCGCUUUGCUGAUGGAACCAACCCUUUUAACUGUCCCUGCGCCCGUGACCGUCUGUGGUGAUGUUCAUGGCCAAUACUAUGAUUUGAUGAAAUUGUUCGAGGUAGGCGGUGACCCAGCUACUACUCAGUAUUUGUUUUUGGGAGACUACGUGGACCGCGGACUGUUUUCAAUUGAAUGUUUGCUUUACUUGUACUCGUUGAAGCUCAAUUAUCCCAAGACGUUUUGGAUGUUGCGUGGAAACCAUGAGUGUAAGCAUUUGACUGACUACUUCACGUUUAAGUCCGAAUGUUUACAUAAGUACUCGAAGGAGGUGUACGAGAAUUCCCUUGAAUCCUUCAAUGCAUUGCCAUUGGCUGCGAUCAUGAACAAGCAGUUCUUCUGUGUGCACGGCGGAAUCUCACCCGAAUUAAAAUCUUUGGAUGAUUUGGCCACGUUCGAUCGUUUCCGCGAGCCGCCAACAAAAGGCUUGAUGUGUGACUUGCUCUGGGCAGACCCAAUCGAAGACUACGAUGAAGAUAACAUGGACCAGACAUUUGUGCGUAAUACUGUUCGUGGCUGUUCUUAUGCCUUUACUUACAAAGCAUCCUGCCAGUUUUUGGAGCGUACGGGCCUCUUGUCCAUUAUUAGGGCACACGAGGCACAAGAUGCGGGAUAUCGUAUGUACAAGCGAACAAAAACCAUGGGUUUCCCUUCGUUGUUGACCAUGUUUAGCGCACCCAACUACUUGGACACGUACAACAACAAGGCAGCAGUGCUCAAAUAUGAGAACAACGUCAUGAAUAUUCGCCAGUUCAAUUCUUCGCCGCAUCCAUAUUGGUUACCUCAUUUCAUGGAUGUCUUUACUUGGUCUUUACCCUUUGUGGGCGAAAAGGUUACUGACAUGUUGGUGUCCAUCUUGAAUAUCUGCACCGAAGAGGAGCUUGAAGAGGAAACACCUAUUGCGCAUGGCUCAGCGCAGCCUCUGCCCAUACUACCCACAUCGCCUUCUUUGCCCGAUUCUGCUAGUGAUUCUGAAGAGCUAACUAUUGACGAAAAGAAGGCUGCGUUGCGUAGGAAGGUUAUGGCCAUUGGCCGUGUGGCACGUAUGUAUCAAGUUUUGAGAGAGGAAUCUGAGAAUGUGGCACACUUGAAGAGUUUGAACUCUGGCACUUUGCCCCGGGGCUCAUUAUCCCACGGCAGAGAAGGAUUCCAGAACACACUCAUGACGUUUGAAAGCGCCCGGGCAGCAGACUUGGAAAAUGAGGCCAUGCCGCCUAUGCCCGAAGAGCUCAAAAAGCGUGAGGCUGAGCGCCAAGCUAAGAUCCGUCGCGAGCUUCUGGCGAGCCCAAGCCCUAGUUUCCUGCGCCUCAUGCGGCGUCUUUCCGGCUGA